AUGCACGCCCAUGGUAUCGUGCACCGUGACCUGAAGCCCAGGAACGUGCUGGUCGGGGAGCACGACCGCCGGCUCAAGAUCUGCGACCUCAGCCUCACCAGGUCCGCGGCCUCGCCGCCGCCGGAUGCGCAACAGCUGGAUGGCACGAUCGGGUACAUUGCACCGAAGGCGCUGCUUUGCGAGAAGGACUGCGGCGCGCCCGUCGACAUGUGGGUGCUAGGGUGCACCAUGGCGGAGCUCGUCAUGGCGCAAUCCACUACUAAAAAACGAUUUCUGAUCAACAUCAUCGAUCUCCUAGGAAUCCCUGACGACGUGUCGUUGAUGCUACUGGGUAUCGACGCCGGGGCGCCAAGCAAGCUGCGGGAGAAGGUGCCGGAGGAGCGGCUGUCGGCGGCGGUCUUCGACGUCCUGCACGGCCUGCUGCAAUACGACCCCAGGACAGGCUCACUGCUGUGGCGGCGCUGCGGAUGCCAUGGCUUGCACCCAUGGAUGACUGACGACUGA